CGAGUUUUAAGUACUUUCAUUGUUAACAAAUUGUCAGGACGAGAGUAUAGAGUUUUUUCCUAAUUACCAAAUUGUUUUUAUAAUUAGCAAAAAUGUUUGUAUUGGGAGUUUUGUAUGCUGUAUUAAUUACUACUUCAGCAGAAUUUUGUUACAAAGAUGUUGAGAAUGUAUGUAGCCAAAAACUUACAUCAGUAUUAUCAGAUGACUUAACACUGUCUAAUUGUAACGCAAAAUAUGGAGGUAUUGAUUCUAUGCAAAUUGAACUUCAAGCUUAUGCCAAUGGCCAUAUAGAGACUAGUUUUGAAUUUUUAUUAAUGUCAACUCAUUUUGGAAAUUAUGAAUCAAAUAGAGUUGGAUUUAAAAAUCUUUAUAGAAAAUUAUCAGAUAGUGCUUGGGAAAAGUCUAUUGAUUUAAUUAAAUAUAUUACUAAAAGAGGAGGCAGUAUGAAUUUUAAUCAGCUUCCACAUUUUAAAAAGAAUGAGAAGGAUUCCCAUGUUCUUGAAUUAACUGAAAUACAUAGUCUUGCCAAAGCUCUUGAUUCACAGAAACAAUUAGCUGCUGAAGGGCUUCGCUUGCAUAUUCAAGCAAAAAAAUACCAAGAUGCUGCAAUAGCCCACUAUCUUGAGGAAAAGUUCCUGGAAUCUCAAUCUGAUGUUGUGCGUGUACUGGCUGGACAUACGUCUGACCUUAAAAAUAUGCUUGAUCGUGAUGCAUCAGUUGCUAUAUUUUUAUUUGACGAAUACCUUCAGAAAAUCUUAUAAGUUUUUAUGGAAAUGUCUUUUAU